AUGACCAUCGAGAGUGCUACAAUUUCAUCUACUAAAUUAGUCCGCAUUGAUGAGGUAAAGUCAACUGCUCGUAAACAGAGAGUUGCAGCACACAGUCAUGUAAAAGGAUUGGGAUUAGAUUCUGAAACUCAUGUACCAAAAAAUAGCGCAUGUGGUUUUAUUGGUCAAUUAGAAGCACGAGAUGCAGCUGGAGUCAUAGUCGAUUUAAUUCGCACAAAGCGCAUGGCUGGGCGUGCUGUUCUUCUUGCUGGACCACCCGGAACUGGAAAAACAGCUAUAGCAUUAGCUAUGGCGCAAGAAUUGGGUGACAAAAUGCCAUUUUGUCCUAUGGUUGGUUCUGAAGUCUAUUCCAGUGAGGUGAAAAAAACGGAAGUGCUAAUGGAGAAUUUUCGACGUUCAAUUGGUUUACGUGUACGGGAAAAAAAAGAAGUUUAUGAAGGGGAAGUGACAGAAUUAACACCAGUGGAAAACGAAAAUGCUAUAGGUGGCUACGGAAAAACAAUACUGCAUGUGUUGAUUGGCUUGAAAACUGCUAAAGGGAGCAAGCAAUUAAAACUUGAUCCAUCCAUUUAUGAGGCUAUUUUGAAACAAAAAAUUGAUGUUGGAGAUGUUAUUUAUAUUGAGGCGAAUAGUGGAGCAGUCAAGAGACUUGGGCGAUGUGAUGUAUAUGCGACAGAGUUUGAUUUAGAAGCAGAUGAAUUCGUGCCUCUUCCCAAGGGUGAUGUUCACAAGUCCAAAGAAGUCAUCCAGGAUGUCACACUACACGAUUUGGACGUUGCGAAUGCGCGUCCACAUGGUACUGCUGGUAAUGUAACUUCACUUGUCGGACAACUUUUGAAACCUAAGAAAACUGAAAUUACGGAGAGAUUACGGCAAGAAGUGAACAAAGUUGUCAAUGAUUAUAUCGAACAAGGUAUCGCUGAAUUAAUGCCAGGAGUAUUAUUCAUUGAUGAAGUACAUAUGCUUGAUAUUGAAUGCUUUACGUACCUACAUCGAGCACUAGAGAGCACGAUUAGUCCUAUUGUAAUCUUUGCUACUAAUCGUGGUCAGUGCAAAGUUCGAGGUACAGAAUUAAUAUCACCUCAUGGCGUUCCAUCUGAUCUACUUGAUCGUAUGUUAAUAAUUAUCACUAAGCCUUAUAAAAUUGAAGAAAUAUUGGCUAUAGUGAAGGUUCGUGCAGAUGCAGAGGCUGUGAAACUAGAUGAUGAGGCCUUAUCACAUUUGAGUAAACUUGGCGCAGAAACUUCUUUAAGAUAUGUUGUGCAACUGCUUACUCCUGCGAAAUUACUUGCGCAAGUAAAUCAUCGAGAAGUCGUGACGAAAGAGGAUGUGCAAGAGUGUUCCGAAUUAUUUAUUGAUGCUAAAACAUCUGCACAAAUGUUACGCUCAGUAAUCACUGAUAGUCCGACUCAUGCUUCAGUCACUCCUCAAACAGAAGUCGCUCCAAGUUGUCAGCCGCAGACGGCGGCAGUAGAUGAGGUUGAAAUGAAAGCUGAAACAUCAUAA